CGUCAUCAUUGUGACUUUCGCAAUUCAUCUUUCGCUAUUUUUGACUCUUGAUCUUUUGAGACAACAAGCUGGCUUUGCCUUCGUCAUAAAUGGAUCGGAACUCGUACCAGUUAGACAUGUGAAGGGUAAGUCUUAGAAGCGUUGUCACUAUCCAAAUCUUUUGCAAUGGCAGUCAAUAGUAUACGAAAUCAGUUCAACCACGCCAUUCAGAACAUGAUCCCAGGCCUUCAGACAAUGGACGCACCUCCAGAAGUAGAGACACCAGAUGGACAUUCACACCAGGAUGCCGUCGUCAUCAACAUGCCAGACUCGGAAGGAAGGUUCCCCUCUUCCCGAGGAGGUGGAAGCAGAAGAGGAGGAGGGAGUGCAUCAGUGGGAGACACAGAGACAGAAGGAGACCAGGAACAGAAUAGAGGGAGAGGUCCCUUAAAUGAUACAAAUCUUACCAAUUACUUGUCAGAAGGGAUUGCUGAACUCCUUCUUUUUGUGCUGAUCUUGGCAUGCAAAUUGGCAUAUGAUCACAGAUUAGGGCUGACAGUAUUCCUUGGUCUAAUUGGGACAUUUGUUCAUCAUAGCAGUAGUGUCAAGAGAGAAAUUGAAUUAAAGGAGAAAAGGAAGGUUUUGUCUGUAGUCAUGCGGUUGGGAUUACUAUUUGUUAAUAUCAUCUUUAUUUACUACGUCCUGGAAGAACAACAACUUUAUAAAUGUCUUAUUUUCCUACCACCAAAUAUCGCAGUAAUGACAUUGUGGGCUGUGUUGUGGUGCAUUGGAAUCACUGAUUUUGUUAUUAAGUAUUCUACAUUGAUGCUUAAGUGUCUGGUUACCUUACUUCCUGGAUCAGUCCUCAGCUUCAAGAAAAGAGGUAAAAUCUACCGUGCUUUAGAGGAAAUAUCUCAGACGUAUCGACUUCUUCCACCAUUCCCGGUCUGGGUGUCCUACUUCUCAGAUUACAGUGAAUCUCAUUGGAUAAUUAGCUACUUCUUAACAUUUGCUUAUGUAAUACUAAAAGCUUUUACAGUGUACAGAAAACAGAAGGAUUUAAGAAAAUCUUUACAAGAUGUUUUUAUUGAUGUGCAAUAUGGAAUGGCGCCCUCACAAGACCAGAUCCGUAGAGUCGGUGAGGCAUGCCCAAUAUGUCAAGAUGAUUUUCAAGAUCCUAUCCAGCUGGCUUGCAAGCAUAUUUUCUGUGAGAACUGUGUGUCCAUGUGGUUUGAUCGAGAGCAGACCUGUCCAAUGUGCCGGGCUCAGAUUGCAGCAUCGCCUAUCUGGAAAGACGGCUCGACUGCUAUGUCAAUACAACUCUUUUGAGUUCAAGGCCCAUCGUGAUUGCUGACCCAGGAAUGUUUGAUACCAGCAAUAUGAAUAACAUCAAUGUUUUCACAUGAAAAGUGGUUUGAAGUCAUUGUAAAUGAUUGACAAAUUUGAAGGAAUCAUUGAAUGUGAAAGACUAUGAAGGAUAGAGAAGUGCAGUGACUGAGACUGGUCUUGUACACCUCAAGGACAUGAAGAUACCUCAUGAAAGGCAAGGGGUAGUAUGCAAGCAAUGAAAAUAUCUUGCAGAUCAGGCUUUGCUGACAGUGUGGAAGAUUGACCUGUAUGCAAUGGUUGAAGAAUGACAGUUAUUGUUAGGAGUAAGCGAGCUAACUCUGAUCGGUUUGAGAAAUGUUUAUUCAUUCAACCAUUCUGCGUCUUUUUCCAGGCUCAUACAAUAGGUCAGAUCAUAUACUUAGACCCAAAUUCAUUCAGUUUCUUCAUGAAUUGAUGAAUUGAUUUGACAGGUUUGCCAAUUUGAGGAUCAUUCAUUGAUUGGACUGUUAUCAUUUGGAGAUGUCAAAACAUGUAUUUAUGAAUAAAACCGCUUGUUACUGAAAAUUCUGACAUUACAAUUUUGACGAAGAAAAAUGUGAGAGACGUUGAUCUGAUGAACAAACGCCAUUUUGAGAAUAAACUGAUACUGAUUGGCUGUAUGAAGGAUGCUUCAUCUACACAUCAAGAGUGGAGGAUUUUUUCAAGUUCCUGAAUUUUCCAAAGUAAUGUUGAAAUGUGCAUAAUUAGAUAACAGUAAAUCAGAUAUAAAAGUCCCAAGUUAUGAAGUCAUGGAUACAAUUCAUUUAUAACUAACAUAGAUGAGUACUUGAUAACAGUAUGUUCAGACAAAAAAAAACCAUCAAUGAGAAAUGUCUUUUCUAGUGUUAUGAAUGGAAAGAGAUAUCACUGUGUACACUCCCUCAAUGGGUUUCUAUUUAGAUAAGCACCCCUCAGAAUAUAUGGUAGACUACAUAUGGUUAAUAACCUCAUGCAUUCUAAAAAUAUAUAUUAUAUUAUGUGUUAAAACACUUCAAAUGUAGUGACAUAUUGAUCCUUCCAUUUUGACUAGCACAUAAUUAUUUUCAACUGAAUGUAUCAAUUUUCCAUACAUUAAGUUCGUGCAUUAGUUCUUUGACUGGCCUUUUAAAAAAGAUAUGUUCAAAUUCAAACAUCAGUCCAUGACAAUCCAGGAUAAAUAGAUUGAUCAAUUGUAACUAUGUUAUGUCCCAACUUAUAGUAUAAUUAUUUUCUGUUACAGGUUAUAUUAUUCAUUACAUGUAUUGUUUAUUUCCCAAAUAUGUGUUAUUAUCAUGAAAAGAUCUAUUUAGGAGUUAGAAAGGCAUUGCACACUAAUAUUAUUUCUAAUUAUUUUCUGCCUUGUUAUUGUUUAGUGUUUUCUUUGAUUGACACGUCACAAAAAUGUAGAGAUAAGGCAGCCACAUUAUUGACAUCUUUAUCUUUAUCUUUCACUGAAAUAUAUAUUUGAAAUAAACCAACAAAAUAACCGCAAUUGGUUUAGUAAAAUGCCGUAGAAUCAUAGAUUUUAAAAGAAGCGCAGCUUUCAAGAAUGAAAAAUUAAGUCACACUCUCGUCAGACUAUUUCUAUUUCAAAAUGAAUAAUAUACAUGUAUGCCCCCCUCCCCCAACAAAAAAGAGGCAGGUGCUCAAUAUGAAAAUCAGGGUCGGUAUUCUGGAACACCGUCGUAACUUUUGUCAUAAAUUUGGUCAUUUCUCUCUGAGAUGUGACACUGGUAUGAUUGUCACAAAUCAGUAUUCUGAUCUUUGUCUUUUCCCUGUCAUAUCUCUCUAAGUUCCCGCCCAUCUUUUCGGAGGCAAACCGAUCAAAAUCACUGUAAGAUCCCAGUGGGAGCCCUUUUAACCAAUAGGAAGGCCCGGGUGGCACGUGGGCGUAUCCUCAAUACAGUAGCUGGCAUCGCGCAACUGUGUGUACUUAAAUGCAAGGAGAGACAGGGAGCUUUAUGGAAAUUGUAGAAGAGAGAUAAAAAAUGGGGAAAACAGAGAGAAAUAAAGGGACUUGAUUUGUAGGGCCUAACUGUAGCAUGAAAAAAAUCUGAAAAUAGUCAUAGAAGAUGAAUGAAACAAAAUUUAUGACAAUUUUUAUGGCGAAAGUUGUGACAUCUACUAGAAUACCAAUUUUGUCAUAUCUCUUGAGCAAAGACAAUGUUCAGAAUACCAUCCCAGGAUCAAAUUCAAGAUGGGAUAUAUCUUUUAACUAAACAUGUAUUGUAUGUUUGGGUCUGAAAAGGAAUCUUUUAGUAAAAAAAACAGUAAGCUUUCAUGUUAUGCAAUGAUAUGUAUUACUGGAGAUUCUAGGGAAUGGCUUUUGACCGCAACAAAGAAACAGUUCAUUUAAAAAAAAAAGCAAAAGUAGGCAUGACUGCAUACUUAGAAAACAAGCAGGCUAAUCAUUUGGGUUUUUCUAAAAUAUAACAUUGCCUUUUGUUAUGUUCUUGGAUAUUCUUCCUAAAUUUCAUAUGCGAGAGACUCAUGAUUUGAUUUAUUUGGUAUACCGACAAUUAAUGAGAAGUGGAAAAUAAUAGAUGAAGGUUUCGUUUAUUACUUACAAGUACUUUUUAAAAAAAUGAUACUUUUUAAUAGGUUGAUAUCUUACCAGUGAUCGAUAUGUGAAAGAUCCUGAAAGUAGUGAUCAUGGGGAUUUAUGUUUUUCAUUACCAAGUGUCGCCACGCUUGUGAACAUUGUACACGUUUAAUCUUGCAAGUUUUAACAAUGUGUGUUUCAUUUUACUUUGUUCUGAUUUUAAAAAUUCUCAUUUUGGUUUUUAGAAAUAGGCAGAUCAUAAGCCUUAUAGUGUGAAAUACCAGUCAAAAAGGUUCAAAGUACCAUAUCUUCAGAAACCUAUUUUAAAACUUUGAAGAUGUAAACCAAAGUUUGAAACUGAAUGGGGUUGGUUUCAAUGACGUGUAAAGAAAAAAUCUGUACCACAACACAAGAACUCUGGAUAAACCCUGCAUGACAUAUGUACUGUGUGUGCAAUAUAUAAUAGGUAAUAAUACUUUGUGCAUAGGUGUUACAUACAGCCAACAGAUAUUUUGAAUGUGAGAAAACUGGGCAUGACCUAAUUGCGUCUCAGAGACGGGUAUCAAAACCAGGCUUAUAAUUCAUUAUUUGUGUCUGAACUAUAGUUUUUCUUCUUACAGUAUAUUAUGUUUUGUUUCAGGGCUUUUUAAUAACAAAUACAAGCACUCAUACACAUGUUCCAUCUUAGUUUGAUGAUUAUUUCAUUGGCUGCUCACAAAGUGCAACGAUCCCUUUGAAUACCGGAAUCAUUUUGCGAAGAGUCCAUGGUGAAGUUCUGUUUCAAAUUCAAUAUUUUGAGGCUAAUUCAUUUCAAGUUGUGAAUGCUCUUAUGUUCAAAUGCAGCAAAUGUUUACAAAGAUAGAAAUAAAUUUACCUGCUGUUCAUGUA